AUAUAGGCCGAUGAGGCGGAACAGGUUCUCGAGAACAGCGAGCUGUUUCAGUGCGUCUUGAUGGCUGAGAGAGGCAAACAUGUCUCUAGACGUCGCGGACAUCUAUCACCCGUAGUUCGAAUCAAAUCUCUGUCGUCUCGGGGCCAGAUCGAGACGCUCCCGCAUCUCUCUGAUGCUGUUUUUCUGCGAGAGGACGUUGUGCAAAUCAGAGAUUGGUAUAACAGGAAUUCCCAGUCCUUGAAGGACGAGCCGGGAGCCGAUAGACCACCUUGGUUCACCGAGAAAGUGCGGAUCAUUGAAGCUGAACGCAAAUUCUCGGCUGAGGCUCAUGAAUGGCAAGCUUCCAUUCAACACAAACGAUACCACGAGCUGGAGAAAAAUCGGAGAAACAGGUUGGAGUACUUCGUGCAACAGGCCGCUCACAUGGAGGAACCGCUCAGCGCUGACGAGCUUCGUUUGAUUCCAGCCUUCAACAGAGCUAUCACCCUCGGAACCCCACCGACAGAACCAGCUUGGAAGGCAUUGAAGGGCCGGUUGGAGAAGGCGAGGUCGAUUCAACAUCAAGAGACGCAGAAACUGGAAGCGCAGCAGCUGAGUUUAGACGGAUGGAAUUCACCGCCUCCCAGUCCGACGCUGGAAUACACAUUCAGCUCUCCGCUCUACGUCUCUCAGGAAGACGAAAAAGAAUUCCUCCAUCGUUUCAGUUAUCUCCAGGAAUUCCGGGCGAAGAAAGGCCUCAUUUCACGCUUGAGGAAAGUGGAGAUGUACAUGAAAGGGAACCUGGAGUUGAUCCAGUCUCCCGAAGCGUUCGUCUUGGUUGGCCUUCGACUGGUGUGGCAAGGUCUUCAGGAAGUGAGGAACAUGGCCAUGUGGUCCCCUUCGUUGUUCCCGGACUCAGAAGUGUUUUGGUCGGACGACGUAGGAGAUCUAACGCUUGAAGAUGCUAUUGUGGCAUACCGGGAGCUGUUGAGAGCAUGCUCGGAAAUGGGAGGGGGGGACAAGAGUUUGCUUCUUCGAUGCCCUGGAUGUAUUGGAUCGCUACGAUCCUAUCAUUCGCUGGGUAACCUUCUGGCCCAUCAGGUCUCAUCGCAUUCACAUGAGUUCAGCGGCUUCAUGCGUCUUGAGCCAGCUGGGCCAUGGGAUGGGAGGUAUCUGUUCAGAAACGUUCCCUGGCCCGCGAAUCUCCCCAUGCUUAUUCCAGGCAUCAGGCAGGAUGCAGUGGCUGGAGAGUGGUCUUUCGAUGGACCCGCCCAUCCUAUUGAUUUUGUUGUGAAAGGGCGCGUUUCAAUCAUCCGGAUUGAUACGAGGUGUCAUUUGAUUGACCGGAGUAUUGCCCGGUUGCACCACCACGGGUGGCAGCAACAGUGCGGAUCAGGGCAGUAAAUUAGGAGAAUGGAAUAUGGAGUUCGUCUUUCUUUGUUCAAUUAGCAAUGUGCCUAUCAGCUACCAUUCAAUACCUAAUAUAAUAUUUCUAUUCUGGUAAU